AAAAUGAAUUAUUGUGUCAGAGUGCUACUUCUCAUGGCUUGCAUUGUUCCUGCUUUGGUCGAAUGCAAAGUGAGGCACUACAAAUUCCAUGUGGUGCUGAAGAAUACCACUAGGUUAUGUUCAAGCAAACCAAUUGUCACUGUUAAUGGGAAGUUCCCAGGACCCAUUCUUUACGCCAGGGAAGAUGAUACAGUACUGGUCAAAGUCAGAAACCUUGUCAAACUCAACGUUACAAUCCACUGGCAUGGUGUCAGGCAAUUGAGAAAUGGUUGGGCUGAUGGACCAGCAUACAUCACACAGUGCCCAAUCCAACCAGGACAUACAUAUGUGUACAACUUCACCAUUACAGGGCAAAGAGGAACACUUCUUUGGCAUGCACAUGUUAACUGGCUAAGGUCAACUGUCCAUGGUGCUCUAGUUAUCUUGCCAAAGCAUGGUGUGCCAUAUCCUUUCCCCAAACCAGAUCAUGAAUUGGUUGUGAUAUUAGGAGAGUGGUGGAAAUCUGAUACUGAAGCUGUUAUCAAUGAAGCUCUCAAUUCUGGAUUGGCACCAAAUGUCUCAGAUGCUCAUACCAUUAAUGGCCUUCCAGGGACUGUGUCUGUUGACAAUUGUUCUACACAAGAUGUGUACAAGCUUUCUGUGGAAAGUGGCAAGACCUACCUAUUGAGAAUUAUCAAUGCUGCACUCAAUGAGGAACUCUUCUUCAAAAUUGCUGGCCAUAAGUUCACUGUGGUUGAAGUUGAUGCAUCAUAUGUAAAGCCCUUCAAGACUGACACUAUUGUGAUAGCCCCUGGCCAAACCACCAACGCCCUUUUAACUGCUGACAAAAAAUCUGGCAAAUACUUGGUGUUAGCCUCUCCUUUCAUGGAUGCUCCAGUAGCUGUGGACAAUUUGACUGCUACAGCUACACUGCACUACACUGGCACUCUUGCUAGCACCCCUACAGUCCUCACCACCCCUCCUCUAAAAAAUGCUACCCAAGUUGCUAAUAAUUUCACUACCUCUCUUAAGAGCCUAAAUUCUAAAAUAUACCCAGCAAAUGUCCCAUUAACACUUGAUCAUUCACUUUUCUUUACUGUUGGGUUGGGAAUAAACCCAUGUCCAUCUUGCAUAGCUGGUAAUGGGAGCAAAGUAGUGGCUUCUGUAAAUAAUGUGACAUUUGUUAUGCCAACCAUUGCUUUACUCCAAGCACAAUACUUCAACAUCAAGGGGGUGUUCACCACUGAUUUCCCUGCAAAUCCUCCUCAGGUUUUCAACUACUCAGGGAAUCCACCAGCAAAUUUGCAAACCACAAAUGGCACCAAGCUUUAUAGGCUAUCAUUCAACUCCACGGUUCAGAUUGUUUUGCAAGAUACCGGGUUCAUUUCCCCUGAGAGCCAUCCAGUUCAUCUUCAUGGGUUCAAUUUCUUUGCUGUUGGAACAGGAAUAGGAAACUACAAUCCCAAAAAGGAUCCAAAUAACUUUAACCUUGUAGAUCCGGUUGAGAGGAACACAAUUGGAGUUCCAACUGGAGGGUGGACUGCUAUCAGAUUCAGAGCAGAUAAUCCAGGAGUUUGGUUCUUGCACUGCCAUUUUGAGGUGCAUACAACAUGGGGGCUAAAGAUGGCCUUUUUAGUGGACAAUGGUAAAGGUCCUAAAGAAUCAGUGAUACCACCACCAAAAGAUCUUCCAAAAUGUUAA